AUGCUCUCCCUCAAAAAGUCGCUUGUCCUCGUCUCGGCCCUGGCCGCUGCGCCGCUGAGUGUUGCCGGCUCUUCGCUCUCGGAGCACAUGCACAUGGACCUCGUCGCGCGCCAGCAGCAGGACCCCAACACGCCGCUUUUCCUCAACUCGCCAUUCUGCAACUAUUUCCAGUGCUCGAUCAUCGUCGUCGCAGGAGACCCGGUCGUCGUCAACUGGCUCAAUGCGCCGCCCGGCGAUGUGCAGGUCGAUCUCAUGACCGACAACUCCAGCAAGCUGGCCUACUCGAUCGCGCGGGCUCCUGGUGUCUCGCAGACGUGCGAUGCCGGUCAGGGAUACGGCGUCCCCGUUCCUGGAACGACUUGCGGUGGCUUCGUCUUCACCGUCCCCAGCGCAUGGGCCAACGGCAACUACUCGAUGCGGGCGACCUCGGUGCAGAACCCAUCGAUCGACUCUUACACGGACGUCAUCCUGAUCCAGAACAAGGGCGAGGUCAAGGACACGCCGUUUGCCGUCAUCAGCGGCUCGGUCGAGGGCGGUCCCGCGAGCACCGCAGCUCCCUCGGCCACGUCGAGCGCCGCUGGUUCGUCUUCCGCUCCCGCCUCGACUGCCGCUCCCACUUCGACUGGCUCUGCUCGCCCCACUUCGAGUGCCAGCAGGCCGGCGAGCUCCAGCGCCGCACCCUCUGCUACGUCGGCGCCCAGCUCCGGCACGCGCGCCUCGAGCUCCAUUGUUCUUGGUUCGGUCGCCGUGGUGGCCCUCGGCCUCGCCGUGCUCCUCUGA